AUGAGCGAGAAGGAGAAGGGCAAAAGCGAGAAGAAGAAGGAUGACAAAAAGAAAGAUGACAAGAAGGCUGCAGCCAAGGGCCCGGCUAUAAGUCUGGACCCGCCAAGUGGCACCCGAGACUUCUUCCCGACCGAGAUGAGGUUUCGCAAUUGGCUUUUUGGAGCCUUCAAAGAGACAGCUCGUAGAUACGGGUUUCAGGAGUAUGACGCGCCGGUCUUGGAGCAUGAGGAGCUUUACAAGCGGAAAGCUGGAGAGGAGAUUACCGAGCAAAUGUACAACUUCAUCGACAAGGACGGUGCGGCAGUGACCCUAAGGCCUGAGAUGACGCCCUCUCUUGCACGGAUGGUUCUCAGCCUCAUGCGCGCCGAAACAGGUGAGAUGUCGGCUCUUCUCCCACUGAAAUGGUCAUCCAUCCCGCAGUGUUGGAGAUUUGAGACCUGCCAGCGUGGUCGGAAGCGAGAGCACUACCAGUGGAACAUGGAUAUUGUUGGCAUCACCUCCAUUCAUGCGGAGGUGGAGCUGCUCUCGGCCAUCACCACGUUCUUCGAGCUUGUGGGUAUCACAUCCAAGGAAGUGGGCAUCAAGGUGAACUCACGAAAGGUCCUCGGAGCCGUGCUAAAGAAUGCCGGUGUACCGGACGAAAGAUUUACGGAGACCUGCAUCGUCAUAGACAAGCAGGACAAGAUCGGCCCAGAAGCAGUUGUGAAGGAGCUAACGGAGAAUAUUGGCUUGGAAAAGGCGGUUGCCGAGCGCAUUGUCAACGCCACAGCCGCCAAAACGCUGGAUGAAUUUGCAGCUUUGGCUGGUGUUGGUGAGAGCCCCGAGGUGAUAGAGCUGCGACAGUUGUUCACUCUGGCUGAAGAGGAAGGCUUUGGUGACUGGCUCAUCUUCGACGCCUCUGUCGUUCGAGGUCUGGCCUACUACACUGGUGUGGUGUUUGAAGGCUUUGAUCGCGCUGGCGUUUUGCGCGCCAUUUGUGGCGGUGGCCGGUACGACAGACUGCUAACACUGUACGGCUCUCCCAAGGAGGUUCCAUGUGCAGGCUUCGGCUUCGGAGACUGCGUCAUUUACGAGCUGCUGAAGGAGAAGCAGGUGCUUCCAGAGUUGCCCCACAAAGUGGACUUUGUGGUAGCAGCCUUCAAUCAAGACAUGAUGGGCAAGGCCUUACAAGUCGCACGCUUGCUGCGCAAGGCAGGCAAGUCCGUUGAUGUCUAUGCAGAAGCAUCAAAGAAAGUGGCAAAGGCCUUCAACUAUGCCGAUCGCGCGGGUGCAGAGCGAAUAGCAUUCGUUGCCCCAGAUGAGUGGUCCAAAGGCUUGGUUCGGAUCAAGGACCUUCGGAACUUCAAGCCAACAGACCCAGACGAGCUCAAGCAAAAGGAUGUUCCCAUUAAUGACUUGGGCAACGUCGAUGUCUACUUCGGUCAGGGGCCCGCUGCCAGCUCGGCGGCGAGCACAUCCCCCACAAAGUCCUCUUCGGCAGCGCCGGCACCCAAAAACGGUUCCGUCACGGACGCCUCUCAGUUGGAGGCUGUCCUCUCCGAGCAGUCCUACGUCGCUGGCUUCAGGCCGAGCAGACAAGACCGGGAUCUCUACGAGAGCUUUCGAAAAGACGCAGGAUGCCCCUCUUCGCCAUCCCUGGGCCGAUGGUACAGGCACAUUGACUCCUUCUCCAAUGCCGAGCGCAUGGCAUGGCAGUAG